AUGACAUCUUCACGACUUCCACUUGCCUUAAUAUAUUCAUGCCUAAUACGCAAUAGGAAGCCAAAUAUUCAGCAUUGCUACUUCAGCGUAUGUGGAUUAGCAAUUACAUAUUAUAUGUAUGGUGCCGAAAGCAUCCAUUGUUUGGUCAAUAUCCUGCUAGACUAUAUCUUGUUAAAAGUUUGUGGUGGUACACUGAUCUCAGUUAUCUUAGCAUUUGUAAUGAACAUGAGCUACCUAUCGUAUGGUUAUUAUAACAAAUCUAAAGAUCAAUACGAUGUAACUUGGACCCUAGUCCAUUGCAUACUAACGUUGAAAUUGACUGCUGUAGUAUUUGAUUGCUAUGACGGUGCUAGAGACAAGCAAAAGCUGGAAGACUUUCAGAAAGAAAAUCGAUUGGAAAGGAUUCCAACAUUACUAGAAUUAUUGGGCCUAAGCUACUUCUUUGGUAGUGUUAUCAUCGGACCGCAGAUAAAUAUGAAGCGAUAUCUAAGUUUCGUAUCAGGGGAAUUAAUUAAUCCAAAAGAUGAUCGAUUCAGUGAAAAGCUGAAAUAUGGUGUAUAUCGUAUACUGGGUGGUAGCAUUUAUUUAAUAUUGUAUGGCAUAUUCUUUCCUAAAUUUCAUUACAAGCUCAUCUUAACUCCAGGAUUUCAGGAGGGAAGCUGCAUCAUGACCGGAAUUAGCUAUAAUCCUUCUGCGGUUAAAGUCGGAUACGAUAAAUGGAGCAGUCUUGCAAAUUGUCACCCUUGGCCUUUUGAAACUGAAUGUACUCUACAAAGCUUGAUUCAUAAUUUUAAUAUUACUACCAACGACUGGAUGGUCAGAUAUGUGUAUAAAAGACUAAAAUUUCUUGGAAGUAAAAUAUUAUGUCACUUCGGGUCUUUAGCUUUUAUAUCCCUUUGGCACGGCUUUUACGCCGGAUAUUAUCUCAAUUUUGCAUGGGAAUUUAUCACUGUUCUGCUAGAGAAGCAGGCUGGAAAUGUAUUUUCUACUAUAUAUGGGGCGCCGUUUUAUCAGUCACAUCCUCUUCUUAAACUAGCUUUAUUUCCAUUAGCGUAUUUUAUGCGCCAUAUGAUAUUAGCCUUUGGAAUGAUGGUAUUCACACUUCUACGAUUGGACUGGUGUUUACAGGCGUAUAAAGUCUUUGGUUAUGCUAAUUUUUACUGCGUCGUUUACUGGAUCAUAUUCUACACUACUUUCCGUGUUUUCAAAUCAAGGCUUUUUCCUUCAUCAAGAAGAAACAUCAAAACUGGGAAAGCAGAAGAGUAA